GUCGAGCAAAAACCCAAUGCGAAACAACCCUGUCUUGCGAAAUUAUUUCGACGCGACGCGAGUGGAGAAAAACAAUCCAAUUUUUUGUGAAACCGAGAUUUAUCGUGGGCAGUUAGCAGCUAAUCCGUUGUGAAGGGCACCAGGCGAAACGGGCGCCACCAGAUGAGCAGCACGUGAACGAUGGCGUUGAACAAGAGGAAUAGCUCGCACUCGGACGCAGUGUCGGGUUCCGAGGUGGAUUAUAAGUUUUCGUGUCGCUGCUGCUUGAAAACGGACGCGGAGUACCUAAAACUAGACUCGGUGGCGAUGGCGCGCAGCCUUGAUCCCGCGGAUGCGGGGGACAAGAUCCCGCUCCUUCGAUGCCUGCUCUUCUGCGUGGGCGCUGAAAAUGCUCCGGAGCUUCCGCAGUUAAUCUGCAUUGAGUGUAGCAAGAGCCUGCAGGUGGCCUACUACUUCCUGAAGAAUGCACUGCGUGCCCAUGAGAUUCUGUGCAGGAAACUGUGUUCCAAGGGUCAGAGAAGACCUAAUGGCUCCUUGGGCCAGGAGCCAGAGAAGGGGCCGGCAAAGCCAGUCGCUAAAGAGCCUGAGACACUGAAGACAAUGCGGCACGAGUGCCAGGUGUGCGGAGUGGUGGUCUACAAUCGCCUAGAGCUUAAGCAGCACAUACGCCAGCAUGCAGAGGGCAUCUCUUACAACUGCAAGUUGUGCAUCUUCACCACGCUGAAACAGCGCGUUCUACUGGAACACUAUAUGACCUUUCACGGUCUGUCCAUUGGCCAGGCGGACGAACAUAUUAAGUCGAAGGAAUCGCCAGCGCCCAUUAAUGAAGAACCCAAACCGGUGUGCACGCUGGAGGACAUGGAAUUGCUAAUUCCCACUGUGCUGGCCCCCGAUGACUACGUGCAGCCACAGCCGCAGAUCGAUGCAGACCAGCUGCGGGACAUCGAGCAGCAGCUGGCCGUCAGCAUGGGUGAGGCGGGGCCCGGAGUGGACACCCUCACCUCCACCUUGCCACCCAUGGAUACGCCCAAUGUGAGCAUCGGCACCGAGUACCUCGUCCUGCCCGAUGGCACACUGCAGCAGGUCAACGGAAGCGGCGUGGUCAUAGAGUAUAUUGACGAUAGCAAGCCGAACAAUCCCUCCAAUGUUAAUAUUAGCCUGCAAAAGCUUCUGUCCGGCGAUGACGCAAACGAGCCAAUGGAUAUCGAUGUCAACGAGCUAAUCGUGGAGGAAGUUAUGCCGCAGAUAAGAGUCAAGCCAAAGCCAACCGUUGGCGGAUCUCACAUCUACAAGCACAAGUGCAAGCUGUGUCCCAAAACAUUCUCAACAAUUCCGCGAUUAAAAUCUCACCAGUUGACCCAUAGCAAUUUGCCCAAGUUCUUCUGUGACCAGUGCGAUUUCUACUCGCUGCGGAGCGCCGAUCUCAUCCAGCACUACAAAAUGGUUCACCAUCGGUUGGAUGAGAACGGAAAGAUCAUCAAGGACCCGGCGCCGGUAGAGCAGACCGGCGUGUUCUCGUGCGACAUGUGUCUCUUUGAGACGCGCACGCCCACUCAGCUGAGGAAUCACUACACCGAAUCCCACACGAUCCAGCCCACAGAGGUACAGCUGCGUCCCAGCUGGUCGGGCGAGGUGGGAGCCGGCACUGUCCAUGAGGCACCGAUUGUAGUGGCCACCAAUGAGCUGCCGCCGGCUAGGAAAUCAGAUCACACCGACAUCCAAGUGGGCAUUAAAUAUCCACCAGUUGAUCUAGGUCAGCCACUUGUUGCUGAUCCGUCAGUUGUUGCGGCAGCGCAGGUGGAAGUGCAGCAACCAGCGGCUAUGCCCACCAUAUCGACGACGAUUCCUCAAACAAGCAGCAUUAACAUGGUGGUAGAUGCCACGCCGCUCUUCUAUGCGCCGACCUCCAGUUCCACGGUCGUAACACAUUCGUUACCAGAGACAACGGUGGGGGAAUCCACCGGCGGAACCGACAGCAAUGCAUUUGGAAUUUUUCCAGAAAUCCCAGAGACCAAUCUUCCAGCGAACGAAUCCGUUCAGCAAAUGCCAUCCGCCAAUACGUCCAACAUCUCGAUGUUUGGCGACAUGCAGGAUUUCAUUGACAACACCGAUGUGGCCGCCAUAUGCACUAUACCGGCGGAUGAUAUGCCCGUGGUGGAUGGUGAUGAUAUUGUGAUCGAUAACAAUAAUAUGAGUAUUGAUUUUGAUGCCGAGAAUCUGUUCGAGGACUUCGAGGAGGAGGACGAUGCGGUGGGCGAAGAGGAGGGGGAGGAGGAGGAGGAAGAGGAGGAUGCCGACAACGAUGACGAAAAUGACAACAAUGAUGCUGCAACGGAUCAGAAUUUGCUAUUGACCAGCGACGACGAUGAUGUGGACGACUUCGAUGACGAGCAAUCGAAGCAUCUGCAGAAGCCCUACUGCAUUUACUGCAACAAGAAGUUUACCAGCCAGUACAAAUUCGAAAACCACAUGUUUGUGCAUCGGGGCCUAGCUCCCUAUCGCUGCGAGCUGUGCACCAAUCUCUACAACAUGAAGCGACUGCUCAUCAGGCACUACAAAACCGUGCACAAGCGAAUGCCCACAAGAGACAUGGUCCAGGCCAAGGGCGAUAAGGUGUCCGUGCCCCGAACCAACAUUGAGACGCUCUGCGUUGGCAGUGUCAAGAAACCCAUGCUCAUGUGUGCAAAAUGUCCGUUUGAGUGCGAAUUAGAUGCGGACAUGCGAAAGCAUUUGAAUGCCCACCACGGCAUCAAUGAUGGUGUGUCUGUGCAUGCCAACGAGGUGUUUAUUAUACGCAAAUUACCCUUCGAGUGCCCACGCUGCAUUCGAUCGUUUGCGGCAAAGAGCACUCUCAGCCGCCAUCUGCAGCGCAGUCACCUGGUGGACACAAUUAUUGAGACGCAAUCGCCGAAUUCGGCGGCCACCACCACAGCCACAGAAAACCCGGCCGUAGAGGAUGGCAAACUCAAUCUGAUGAUGCCGACGGACGGUGGGGCUGAGAGAAUGACGAUGGCUGACUCAGAAGGCAAUGGCGGUGGCAAUGAAGGUGGAGGCAGAGAUGAUGGAUCAGCAUUAAGAAUGGAGCCGGCAGUGCCAGAGGAAGAACUCGAUCCAGUGACACUGGACGCAGCCACAGCGGUGACGACAACAGCAAUUGCGGCAGCAAUAUCAGCGGCAGCAGCAGCGGAAGCUUCAUCCUCCGGAUCACCCACCACAACCACAGCCUCAUCGUCAGCCAACCCCUUCCCCACAUUUGACAUGUAUUACGACAUCAUGGGGGACGCGACCCAGCAGUCGACGCCAAAUCUCCAUGCCAUUUCCAAAGUCACCAGCACGGAUGCUUCAUCGCUCAACGGGAGCGACAAACUGCUAGACACCUCCGCCGCUCUGGCUGCAUUGCCAUCGAAGGCGCUGCGCUCCAAUUCCCGUCUGCCCCGCGGUCCCGUUUACGUGUGCAAGCUGUGCACCAAGGCCUUCGACGAGCUGGGCAAGUUGGUCAAGCACGAGAUGGAGAUGCACUCCAAUACGGAGCGGGCGCGGUGGGGCUUCCAGCACAAGUGUGCCAUUUGCAAUACCUCCUACCGCACGCUGACGCUGCUCAAGUUCCACAUGAAGCGGCACGUCCAUCGGAAGCCCUGCAAGCUGUGCCCCAAAACCUUUGUCACGAACGUUGAGCUGGAGCGGCACACGAAGGCCAAACACAACAAGGACAAGACGAUACGGUGUUCGUUUGAAGGCUGCCAUAUGAUGUUCGCCUUCAAACACCAUAUGGUUCGCCAUCAGAACACCACCCACCGGAGUACGGCCCCCCGGCACGUAUGCCCUGUUUGCAACAAGGUACAAGUGAACAGUGUGCAUUUGAGAAAUCACAUGAGCGAGCACAAGGACGCGCUAACGUAUAAAUGUCCAGAGUGCGAUCGCACCUAUUUGCGGCGUGGAAGACUUCAAACCCAUAUUCUCAAGAUCCACAAUAUCCGUCUAAACGACGAAGAAAUAGGUACUCUCUCUUCAGUUGGUGGCAGUUCUAACAAUCCGCUCGACGACGAAAAGGAAAGCGAGGAGGAGACCGCAACAGAUGCCGCAGCCAACAAUUCCAAGGUUCCAAGUGCCGAGCAUGUCUGUCGGUGGACCGAAAAAACCGUUCAACUGAGCGCCGAGAUUCCGAAUCUGCAGAAGUCCCGCACCUACGCCCAGAGUCUGAAGCAGUGCACCAACCUGGACCUGCGUGUGAUCAGUCCCGGUGGCUACCUGUGGCCCAUGCAGAUCUGCGUGCGCUGCUGCCGCGCCUUGGAGGUGGCCAUGCACUUCGUGGAGAUGGCCCUGGAAUCGAAUCUCAAGCUGUAUGCCGAGGCCCAGAGCGUGAAGCUGCCCAGUCCCACCGGCGAACUGAAGCGCAAGGCCAGCAGCGAGACGCUCCACUGGAAUCAGUUUAGCCAGGAGUUCGAGCAGUUCGUCGAGGGCUACGAGGGUGUGACGACGGGACCCAUCGAGGAGAAUGUCCUGUACAUGCGAGGAGCGAAGGUGCCCCGACUGGAUGUCGAUGCGGCGAAUAGCAAGAAAACGCCCAAAGAAGAUGAAGUCAUCCUUUUCGAUGUCAAGUACGACACCAACGAUCUGGAGGAAGAAGACGAGAACGACGGCUCGGAUGCCAAGAACAAUGAGACUUUCUUUGAGAGCAGUAUUACGUCUGGAGAUGCAGCUAUUGCCGCCACAGUGCACAGCAGCAAAAACGGCGAGAAUAAUAACAACUAUAAUUUCAAUAACAAAAACGGAGAUAUUUUGGAUGUCGAGUGCGAUCUUAUACAACGCGCUCUAUAUAUGACACUAAACGAUGAAGGCAGCAGUCAAAGUCCGAGAGAGGAGAGGCCCAACAAUGAAAACCAUUUAAAAGCCGCUGGGGGAGAUGGUCCUUUGCCACCAUUGGUUCAGGAAGCCACGACUAGCAGCAUGGUGGCAAACAUACCACUUCUGAAAUGCAAUAUUUGCCAAUAUACGCAUACCGAUGCGGAGCAGCUAAGAAAUCAUUACAAAAGUAUUCACAAAAUAUCUAUGGCCGAAGAUGAAAUAAUUGGACUAAACAAAAAUCAAAAUUUCAAGUGCCGACCUUGCAAUAGUUAUGAGACGAAAGACAGGAAUGAAAUGCAGAAACAUCUCAUAGACCACCAUAAAAUAGAUGGGGAUUUUGAAAUGUACUGCUAUAUGCAGGCAAAUUGCCCAGCCUGUGACAGGAUAUUCAAGGAUCAGCGGUCGGCUAGGAAGCAUUACACAAGGGUGCACACUCCGGUGCAGGUAGUGGUGUCGCCCACGGAGACAUACGCUUGCAAGGUCUGCGAAAAGGUGUUCAACCAGAAGGCCAGCCUACAUAGCCACCAGCGAUUCUGUCAGGUGAAGGAUUUUGUCCACUGCACCUUCUGCGAUCAGGAGUUCGGCAGCAUGCGAAAGUAUGAACUCCAUCUGCAGCAACAGCAUGCCGUGGAAACUCUGCACGAGUGUGAGAUUUGCCACAGGAGCUUCAAGAGCGCCGACACCCUGGCCAUGCAUCGAAAGCGGCAUUCUGAGCGGCACUUUCAGUGCGACAAGUGCUCGCUGAAUUACGUUAACUCAGCGGAGUUGCGGGUGCACUACGAACGGGCCCACGUGAACGAGGAGCAGGUGAGCUGCCUUACCUGCGGCAGCCAGUUUCAAAACGUGACCCUGAUGCGCGAGCACGAGCAGAGGAGUCACCAAAAGCCUAAGGUCUGGCGCUGUGAGGUGUGCAACUUUGAGACGAAGAACAGGUGGCAAAGGCGUCAGCAUCAGUACGAGCACAAGGAAUACCCGUACAAGUGCCAGAACUGCACCGGCGAGUUUGCUGAUCGCAGCAAAUUCCGGCAACAUUCCAAAAAGGUGCAUGGCAUCGAGCUCAGCGACGAGCGGCUGGCCGAGAUGUUUCGCGAGAAGAAGGGCUACACCAAUCGGCACGAUGCAUUCAACAGGUCGAACAACUCUCUGGAGAUUCCCGGCUUCACGGAGGACUGCUUCACGGAGUUGAAGAGUCUGGGCGUGGACUACGACGACAUAACCACAGAUCUCUUCGCGAGCUCCACCGCCCUGGACAACCUGCUUGACCUGAUACCCUAAAGCGAGCGCCAAUCCAUCAACCUGCAUAGAAUUUAUAAAUUCAAACGGCACGAAUAAUAGCUGAUGAGAGCUAGAAGACUGUCUGCAUUUUACAAAUCAACCUAACCGACAAUGCAUUAUACAUAUAUCAAACCUUUUCAGUUCGGACAACUUUUUUGCUCAGAGAACUCAGACCAAAACGUACAUUUUACAUGUAUCCACAGUGAAACCAUGAUAUUUUUGAAGUCACAAUCUCAAUAAACAAGAAAAGGAAACCAGCGUUUCUGAAGCGCACAAAA